GCAAAUUUACGACUGACGUGACUUUUUGGCAGAUGCCUCGUGCGUGUGCGUGCUUCUCACUACUCACCGAAUUGGACUUGAAAGUUGGCAAGGGUACAAUUCCAACGAGUGGAUUGACGAGAUUGCGUCCUAUUGUCUGAAUGAUGUGGGAAAACAGCAACUGUUUUGUUUUGCAGCGCGGUGUUGUGUGCGGCAACACCAAGAAAACAUAUUCCAUCAUGUCCACUUACAGUGAAGAAAUUAAGUAUUUGAACACCCUGCUAUAUUGCAAGUUCUCCCACUUAGAAAUCAUGGAGGGGUCUGAAAUGUUCAUCGUAGCUGCGUGUCCAUUGCGUGAGAGAUCAUCUAAAAAGAAAAAUCCAGAAAUCACAAUGUAUGAUUUAUUUUAAUAAUUUAUCUGUGUGAAACAGCUGCAAAUAAGUAUUUGAACACCUGAGAAAAGCAAUGUUAAUAUUUGGUACAGUAGCCUUUGUUUGCAAUUACAGAGGUCAAACGUUUCCUGUAGUUGUUCACUACACACUGCAGGACGGAUUUGGGCCCACUCCUCCACACAGAUCUUUUCUAGAUCAGACAGGUUUCUGGGCUGUCGCAGAGAACCCGGAGUUUCAGCUCCCUCCAAAGGUUUUCUAUUGGGUUUAGGUCUGGAGACUGGCAAGGCCACGCCGGAACCUUGGUAUGCGUCUUACGGAGCCAGUUCUUCGUUUUCCUGGCUCUGUGCUUCAGGUCAUUGUCAUGAUGACAGACCCAGCCACGACACAUCUUCAAUGUUCUGACAGAGGGAAAGAGGUUGUUCCCGCAAAUCUCACAAAACUGUACAUGGCCGCUGUAAUCCUCUCCUUAAUACAGUGCAGUCAUCCUGUCCCGUGAUCAGAAAACACCCCGAAAGCAUGAUGCUACCACCCCCAUGCUUCACAGCAGGGACGGUGUUCUUGGGAUGGAACUCAUCAUUUGUCAUCCUCCGAACACGGUUAGUGGAAUUAUGACCAAAAAAUUCCAUUUUGGUCUCAUCUGACCACAAAACAUUCUCCCAUGACUCCUCUGUAUCAUCCAUUUGGCAAACUUAACACAGGUGCAUCUGAUUCAGGAUAGUACAUGGAAUGGAGGUGGACUUUUAAAGGCGGACUUAAGAGGUCUUUGAGGGUCAGAAUUCUAGUUGAUAGACACGUGCUCAAAUACUUAUUUGCAGCUGUAUCACACAAAUAAAUUGCUAAAAAAAGCAUACAUUGUGAUUUCUGGAUUUUUCUUUUUAGAUUAUCUCUCUGACCGUGGGCAUGAACCUACAAUGAAAAUUUCAGCCCCCCCCCCAUGAUUUCUAAGUGGGAGAACUUGCAAUAUAGCAGAGUGUUGAAAUACUUAUUUUCUUCACUGUAUGUGAGAGCAUGUGUCACGGGGUUUCACUUGUAUAAUGCUGUGUGUGUGAUUAGAUCAACUGGCUAUGAGAGUGUCAGUAGUGAGAGAACAUUUCAGUAGUGCGCAUGAGGGCGUUUCAGUAAUGUGUGUUUCAAUAUUGUGCGUUCAGGUGUAUAUGUGUAAGAUGGCCUUUUAGUAUAUUGAAAGAACAUUUGGUAUUAUGUAUGAGAAGAUUUCAGAUGUAUGUGUGUGUUUGUUUCAGUUGUGUGAGCGUUUCAAUAAAGCCAGAAAGCAUUUUAGUAGUAUGUGUGAAGAAUUAAAUCUUUGUAUCUCUUCAGUAUGAUUUUAGUUAAGUCUGGGGGUAUUUUUUAGUGCUGUGUGACUUUUUCAAUUAUGCAUGAGCUGUUUUGCAUUAGUUAUUGAUCUUGGGUAAGCAAAUGAUGGGAAAAACGCUCUCUAAAUGAUUUUUUUUUUUUAUUGAUUUGCUGCUCUGACUGACAAGUGUCAGAAGUGGUUACAUUUUUUUUCCCUCCCUUAACAUUUGUUGUUGUUAUCCACAGAGCUCAACAUGAGUCAUUUGUGUCAGUGAAGAUCUUUACGGAGCUGAGAAUUUGCAGAAUGCGUCCGUUGGCGUCGUCAGUGAUGCAUGAGAGUGCCUUGACCCCCGCAGGAGGUAGAUGAAGAUGGGAGGGGAUGCCUUCAGGUACCUUGAACUAAGAGUGAACUCUGUCUGGAAUAGUGACCUCAUUAACCAGCUGCUGUUCCAAAUGAAAUUCAACGUUUAUUGUAGUGUUGCAUAAAAAUCUCAUUUUAUUAAUCCAUUCAGGGAUCAAACAGCUGUGGGGAAUUUUGCCAUUCCCGCUCCUGAUAAUGUACUGUAUAUUUUUCUUGACAUUAAUAAAUAGAAUGUGAAUGUGUGCAGCCAUUUGAGAUUUUUUUUUUUUUUUUUGAGUGAAACUGAAGUUUUGAGUGCCUGUGAAAGUUUUUUUUUUUGACGUGAGCAUUAUUCUUUCUUUUUUUUUUACUGUCACAUUCACACCUACGGGCAAUUUAGUCUUCAUUUAACCUUACAUGGCUUUUAAAAAAUAUUUUUGGACCUCUUAAUUGUGACGCGGAUAUGCUAACCAGCAACCACAGUUUAUUAUUGAUUAUUAACAAUUAUUUGAAAAGCAGAGGGAAAUGGAAUGGUGAACUGGCAUUUGUUUGGACUCUCUUUGAAGCAGUGUGUACAUGUGUUGGCGUAUUGUGUGUGUGCGCCUGCGUGCAGUCCACCCGCUACCUUUGAAUACGACGACUCCCUCCCAAGACUUGAGGACGACCUUUCCAGCGGCGCUAAGUGAAGGGUGCAGCACAUCAUAAAGAUCCAAGACAGAAGGAGCCAAAUUGAUUAAGCUGCCUGAGUCCAUAAAACCAGGGGCAGCCGGGCAAAAUGGCCGCCCUCCAAACGCAAGAGGACCCCUGCCACGGCAACAAAAGAGGAGCCGCAAAGAACAAGAGACGACCUGUGUUGGCCUGUGAUUGGUCCACCGGCCUACAGGCUUCCAAGGCACGAGGAAGCAUCAAGUACAAAAAGAGCAGACAAAACACGCACGCAACACACAACACAGACUUGGACAUGACAGCUCAAACCAUGGCUGCAACAUUAAUGGGGGAGGACCCCCGGCUGGGCAACACCCCUCUGGCCAUGCUGGCGGCCACUUGCAGCAGAAUAGGCGAGGCAAGUCCCCCCUGCUCGGCCCCCGACCUCCCCAACGGGCCCACGGGACUCCCCAAGGGCUUCCACCCGUGGAAAAGCAGCGUCCCGGGCACUUGUCUCACCUCACUCGGGGUCCCCUCCAGGAAUAACGGGGUGGGAUUCUCGGACCCCUCCAGCCCCUUUUCGGUGGCCAACACUGACGAAUUGCCAGCCUACCAGACCUCAGCAGGGCAUUCCGAAACAAGUUUUCCCGAGUUGGUCCUCGCUAAGUUUUCCUCCCCCGUGGAAGGCAUCGCGGGGAGAUAUCCGCGGCAUCCGUACGAGUCGUGGUUCAAGCCCGUGGCGGAUGUCGGGGGCGGGCCUUCCUCAUGGUGGGACGUCGGCACGACUUGGGUGGACACACCGAACCCAGCCGGGAUGGCCUCAUCUGUGGCGGGCUACUCCUCCGAGCGCAGCCACGGCGCCGUUCAGCAUCUUCUCCCCGGCACGCAGCACCUGUUCGACGGCUUCCGGGCCCCCUAUUCUGAGUCCACCCCGCCGGGGUCCUCCGCGGGGAGCUCGGUGCUCCCUCCACGCCCCUCUUCGCGUCGUUACACGGGCAGAGCCACUUGCGACUGCCCCAACUGCCGGGAGGCGGAGAGCCUCGGUCACGGUUCGGCGAGCCCACGGCGCAGAGCCGUGCACAACUGCCACAUUCCGGGCUGCGGGAAAGUUUACGGCAAGACGUCCCACCUGAAGGCUCACCUCCGAUGGCACACCGGGGAGCGGCCGUUCGUGUGCAACUGGCUCUUCUGCGGGAAACGCUUCACUCGCUCCGACGAGCUCCAGAGGCACCUGCGCACGCACACCGGGGAGAAACGCUUCGAGUGCCCGGUGUGCCGCAAGAGGUUCAUGCGCUCCGACCACCUGAGCAAACACGCCCGGACGCACGACGCCGACUGCACCGAGCGCGCAGAGGAGGAGGAGGCGGGGGGCGGGAAAGGCGGCAGUGACACCGACAACAGCGUGGGCGGAAGCCCGAGGGAGUCCCCGGAGAUGCACGGGACUGGCCGCGCCAACGAGGUGAAAUAACUUGCAUAUUUUGGGGUAGUUUUUGCAUUAAAAAAAAAAAAGUACGAAAAGAAAGA